GCCCUCAAGCGGCUCCCUCCUUGCCGGAAGAGAAAGGCACUCUGCACAUGCUCGGAGCGCGCACCCACAAACCAAGCAACUGGGAGAGAGGAGAGGCGAGGCGACGGGGCAGGGCCAAGCCGGGCGGGGCGGGCGAUCCCAACCGGCCGGCCCCUUGGCUUCCCUUCAACCCGCCCGCCCCCGACCAGAGCCAGCUCCGCCUUCCCGCUUCCUCUCCUGAAGCUCUGGACUCCCCGGCUUGGCUUGGCUUGGCUUGGCGGCGACCGAGGGAACCUCCGCCGUCUCCCCCUUUCUCUGCCCCGGCCCCGCGGGCGCCAUGUGAAGAGCAGCCGCCCGCGCUGGAGCGCACAGUCCGCGGCCGCGCCGGGAUGGAGCGCUCCACCAAGAUCUUCGUGGCGCUCGAUGUCCUCUGCCUUGUGGUUGCUUCUCUGCCUUUCGUCAUUCUGACCCUGGUGAACUCUCCCUACAAGCGGGGCUUUUAUUGUGACGACAACUCCAUCCGCUACCCUUACAAGGGGGAUACCAUUACCCAUGGAGUGAUGGCCGGCGUGAUCAUUCCAUGCACCGUUUUCAUUAUCUCUGUCGGCGAGGCAUACCUUGUCUACACCGCGCGCCUUCACUCUCGGUCGAAGUUCAACAACUACCUGGCUGCCCUCUACAAGAUUGUGGGGACCUUCCUCUUCGGCGGGGCAGUCAGCCAGUCGCUGACGGACCUGGCCAAGUACCUGAUUGGGCGCCUGCGGCCCAACUUCCUGGCAGUCUGCCAGCCCGAUUGGUCAAAAGUCAACUGCUCGCUUUACGUCCAGCUGGAAGGUGUGUGCCAGGGAGACAUCAAGCACAUCACGGAGUCCAGGUUAUCUUUCUACUCCGGCCAUUCCUCAUUUGGCAUGUACUGCAUGAUGUUCCUAGCGCUUUACGUGCAGGCCCGCCUGGUCGGGAGGUGGGCCCGCCUGGUGCGCCCGACGAUCCAGUUCUUCCUCAUCUCCUUCGCCGUCUUCGUGGGGUACACCCGGGUGUCGGACUAUAAGCACCACUGGAGCGACGUGCUGGUGGGCCUUCUGCAAGGAGCACUUAUCGCUGUCCUGGUCGUCCGCUACGUCUCCGACUUCUUCAAACAGCGCCCCCCAUUGCCGUGCACUGAAAAGGACCCUGGGCGAAAACCCAACAUUCCUCUCCCUCUGAGCGAAGCAGAGGGCAAUCAUUACAGCUACCAGACAGCUACUUGAACUCUUGCGGUGUUGCUUUUUUUUUGUUAAGGGGUGGGGAACACAGUUCUGCCGAUGACCUGGAAGUACGCCCUCGGGGGAAAAAAUGAGUUUGCUUUUGGACUUUGGCAGAUGAAAAGGAAGAUCUCGUUGGUGAGGAGGAGAUUUUUCCCAAUUUUAUUUUUACUAUUUGCUCUUGUGUGCCCUUUGUAACUGCACGGCGUAUUUUUGCACCUCUUAAUUCCUGUAAAUCCUCCUCCCCCCCCCCAAAAAAAAAAUCUGGGGAAAGGAAGAAACAGGCCCUAACUUUUCACAAAA